UCCAACCACUCACAGAGAGGCAAACCUAGUUGACAGCCUCAACACAGGCAGACAAACAGAGAGAGCGUGUGAGCACGAGUCAGGAAGGAGCGCGAAAGAAGGAGCACCAAAGACCACACGCCCAAAUAAAAGAGAAAAACGGUUGCAGAGGAGAGGAGGGAAAAUUCAAAGUCAAAGCCCAGUGCAUGGUCAAUGAGAUCAAUUAAACUUGCAGUCUUGCGUUUGUUUUCUCAAGGGAUAUCAUCAGGAUUCAGUGAAUUGACAGUGGAGUGAACAAGCGAGCAGCCAUCCAAGUUGUUCUACCUUUGCCAUCUGUGGCUUGGCUCCUUGUCGAACGGUCAGACUGUCAGAGCUGCAAAAGACCCGGUGCUGCCUGCAGAGAUGGACGCAGAUGCCAAGGACAAGGAGAGGAAAACCAAGAUCCAGUUCUCAGUCCCGUCCGCUGUGCCCCUUCAGCUGGACCCGCGACAGGUGGAGAUGAUUCGGAGGCGGAGACCAACACCCGCUACGCUAUUCCGUUUGACAGACCAACCGUCUCCCGAGGAGGAAAACGACAAUCACCAGUGGGUCAUUGGGGAAAAUGGCGUCCUCACCAAGAACAUCAAUGCGCAUGUGUACCAGCCUCCAUCACUCAAAGCUGUACAGAGGAUGGCUCAAGCCCGCAUGAAGUCUCUGGGAACCUGUGGCCCCGAAGAGACAGAUGACUUCUCUGGGGAGGAAAGCGUGGACUGUGAGGAGAGCCUGGAUAUAUCCCCUGUCUCCACCACUGGGUCAAGGGUCAAUUCAGAGGGAAGAAUUGCCCACUUUCUUCACCUGAGAGUCCCACACGGAGAGGAGGAAGAGGAGCUGGAUGAUGAGGAGAAGAGGGGAAAAGGUGGACCAAGAAGGCCAAAGAAGAAGGGAGAAUAACAGAGCGCUGUGUGUUACAGAGAGGAGAUUCAGAUUCUGUGGCAAAAGAUGAUUGACGAUCCAGAGUGAUGUUUUCUAAUUAUUAUAUAAAGAGCGUGGAGAAAAUAUCUAAA